UAUACUAUUGCAGCUGUUGCAAAUGUGCUUUGCAAUUUUAAUAUCAGCCAGCGAUCACAACGUCAAUAAAAGCAAUCCACCAGCAUAGCACAGCUAAACGAUACAAACACGCCCUUGUUAUCUGCCAUUUUAGCCGGCUCCUAGCUCACUCCGUGCAGCAGUAGGAUCAUGUUUACCUCCCAAACCUCGUCCUUCCAAGAUUCAAUUGACGUGGAAGAGAGGGACGACUUUGACAGCGAAGAAAUUGCUGGAUACAGCCAGAAAAUACAACUGAACUGCUACUACACCAUCUAUCUCUAUCAGGGCACAAGAUCUGAGGCGUCUGGGGAAAAUGUGGCAUGGAACCAGAGACGAGCAGACUCCACAACAAGUCAGGAUGACUUUAGCCUGACGUUAAUUGACAGCAGCCUGCCAUCAGAGGCAGAACCAGAGCUGCGGACCUACAUUUCAAGGAGGCUGAGCAAAGGAGCACUGCUGGGAGGCAUGGGCAACAUCGCCACUGUGGAACUCAGUAUCCCAGAGCAGGCAGUUGGCUGCUACUGCUGUCUGCUGGAGCAGGAAAGGUCUCCUGAGCAGCCUGAUGCUGAUGGAAAUGGUUAUGUCAUCUGCUUUAUGGGUGGCUCUGAAAAAGGACUGAACCUAUUUAGAUUAGAGCUUGAUAAAUAUGUCCAAGGCCUGCAUAGCAGCCUGCAAACCCCAGAGCUGCAGAACCUUGAGACAGUUGUGCGUCCCUAUCUGAGCCGGUGGUACGAGGAGUCUGUGAUGCACAUCUAUCGGGUGGUGCAGCUGGUCCAGAGCAACAUCAGCUUCUUGCUGCAUGCUGCUCUGAGUCACACACAUGUGGAGAUUAAUAAUUCAGACGAGAGGACAAAGGCCGAUGUCUCCAGGUUCAUCAAAGCAGCCAGUUUGCAGGGCCUGUCCCAACAAGACACUACAACAGCUUCUCUGUGUAAGGCUAUCUCCGAGGACACACACUCUGACCUGAUCAUAGACUGCUCCACCAGCCCACCCACACUCUCUAACACUGUCAGUAAUCGUUUCUGUGAUGACUGGAUUCAGGCAUUUCUAAACGCUGCAGAGCGUUGUAAUCCUUUCCUGCUCAGACAGAUUCUGGAGAACUUCAAACUUAAGGCCAUCCAGGACAUGAACAGCCUGAAGCGUUUUGUGCGGCAGGCAGAGAUGAGUCACUACGCCCUGUUUCGCUGCUGCCAGUUCCUACAGGGCUGCGGAAAUGGGGAUGUAUUGCUGCAGAAUGCCAGGGCGGAGCACAGCGACCUGCCUGAAGCCUGCAGCAUCAUCACUGUCCUGGAGGAGUUCCUCAAGGAACAAUCUCAGGUCCAUGCCUGAUUCCAUUACAACUCCUAACUCCAAGUUGUUGGAGCCUGAAUACUUUCUCUGUAGCCAGUAAGACAGUCUUCUCUUACAGCCACAAAGUAGGUAACCUGGUACCAUUCUAAACCUAGCACUACAUCCUAUGUUUAGCAUCACAUUGCCAGAUAAAAAUUUGGCAGUGGGCAAAUUGUGAAUCAACCAACUUCUCAAUGGCAUAUUUAAACUUAAGUUAUAACUCAUAGGUUUUGUCUACUGGUACAACUGCUGCUUCUCAGCUUGAGGAGUGGUGGUCAGAUCUUAUAAUAUGUCGAAAAGGCUGACAACUUACACUCAGAUUCUGUGUCUUUUUGGGAGCUAUUUAUAGUUGAUUGACCUGACAUCACUGCACUAAUCUUAACAAUUAAAGUUAGUUGUUAAUUGGAGAUGAUUGUAAAGUGAGUGCAGAUCUGGUUGUAGAGUGAAACUUUCCCAGUCUUUUCCUUUAGCAGUUUGUCUGCCGUGUGAGUGUGUGAAACAUUACUGAACCAAAUAUUAUUACUAGAGUUUUGGUAACUGAAAAUGAUCACAACACAGACCUGAUCGAAAAGCUUCUCCUCAUUGAAGUGGAAUCAUCUAUUUCUCAUUUGAUGUCCAAAUAUUAUUUUAUUAUUGUUUUGUAUUGUAUUUGAUUGUACUAGGUUUAUUUUAAGAAGAAACAUAUUGAGAAUGCACAAAUCACUUUCAUGCAUUGCUUGUUACAUAGUCCUUUUUGCUUAUAUUUCAACCGAAUACCUGCACUACUAUAUUGUUUUUGUUGAAUGAAUACUGCUAAUGUAUGUACGUAUGUCUAUCAAGUGAUAUUAGAUGUCAGUGUGAUCCUUCUCUGGGAAUGCAGUGUUGUAGAUAUAGUGUGAUUUUUGGAUAUCAUUUUCUGUUUACAAAAAUCCUCUCAGUGUCACCAGCUGAAGACCUCAUGAGAAAAAAAAACAGCUCUGUGACCAGUCACUCACUACAUUUACUAAGCAUUUGUUUAGUUUAAAAGCUUCUGCAAUGUUAGUACCCACAGAAAAGUGUAAGAAAUUAAAAUGUAAAACAAAAGUAGAUGGUAUAUAAAAGUGCACACAGUAAAUGUUAGCAAUUUUCCUUUCAUUGUGUACCUGCAAAACGUUUUUAUUUCCUAUUAAACCCAUAAAGGGUUUUAGAACCAAGCUCAAACCAUUCCCAUUCAAACCAGUCCAAAGUGUGUAAUACAGCAAUAUCAACUUGGUGUAUACUUUCAAACUGUGAAGCAGGUGACAUGUAAAUGAGUCAUUUUACUAUUGUGAACCAUAGUUUGACUGACCCACAGUGUGUAGAUAUUCCUGUACAGCGUGCUCCCUCUAGUUAUAAAUGUCUAUGGGGUUUUCAGUCUUGUAUAGGAGCUGUAAUAAAUACCACAGUUG